AUGCCUGACAUCGAAGGUAAAGCCUCCAAGGCCGAAGAGCAGGAGACGGUUACUCCUGUGAAGCCCUUCCACCAUGGAGAGCUGGACCAGGAGACAGCAGCGUACGCGAAUUCAACCGCCAUUCACGUCGAUAAGGCGACUAACCGGCGAUUGUUCUGGAUGAUCAACCGCCGUGUGCUGGUGUGCAUGCUUGCGACGUAUUUCUGUCAAGCACUCGACAAGGGCACACUUGGCUUCGCUUCCAUUAUGGGAAUCCAGACAGACGCACGUCUUGUUGGAAAUGAGUAUAGUUGGCUUGGAACGAUUCUGUACAUUGGUGUGUUGGCAGGGGAGUACCCGACCAAUUUUCUCUUGCAGAAGCUGCCUGUGGGCAAAUACAUUGCGAGCAAUGUGUUCCUCUGGGGUAUUGUGAUUGCUUGUAGCGCUGCGGCGACGAACUUUCCUGGUUUGAUGGUAGUUCGAUUCCUUCUUGGUGUCUUUGAAUCCUGUGUUCAGCCAUGCUUCAUCCUUAUGACAUCAAUGUGGUACACGAGAUCGGAACAGACUAUUCUCACCAGUCUGUGGUAUUGCAUGAUGGGUGUGCAGCUUAUGAUCGGUGGUCUGCUCGCCUACGGUGUCGAACACUACAGAGGCCACUCCAUCAAAUCCUGGCAGCUUCUGUUUCUUGUGCUCGGAGUAGCCACCUGUGCCUGGGCCUUCUUCAUGGGCUGGUAUCUGCCCGAUAGCCCGAUGAAGGCCAAGUGCUGGAGCGAGGAGGACAAGCGACUGAUGGUCGAGCGAGUGCGCGCCAAUGAGACUGGUAUUCAGAACAGAGUGUUCAAGAAGUACCAAGUGCUUGAGGUGCUCAGAGACCCUGCCGUCUGGCUUUAUGCUCUAUUGCAGAUGACCAGCUGCUUGAUCAUCGGCGGACUAGGUGUCUUCUCCAACAUCAUCAUCAAGAGUUUUGGCUUUACCACUUUGCAGACGCAGCUGCUCAACAUCGCACAGGGUGGUGUCACUAUCGCUGUGAUGGUCGGCGGUGCGUCCCUGGCGACCUGGACCAAACAGACUAUUCUUAUCAUGCAUCUGUGGACUAUACCCGCCAUUAUCGGAACGGCCAUCAUCUUCACUAUCCCUCCCACGCCGAAGACCCGCGCCGGUCUACUCAUCGCAUUCUAUUGCACACAGUUCAUUCUCGCCGAAGGCAACCUCCUCUUCUCCCUCAUCUCGAGAAACGUAGCUGGACAGACCAAAAAGUCCACAGUCCUGGCAGUGACCUUCAUCGCCUGGUCCGCCAGCAACGCCGCCGCACCUCAGAUCUUCCGGUCUGACGACGCCCCCAGAUACCACAAAGGCCUGACUGCCCAUUUCUGCCUGUACGCACUCUUCAAUAUCAUCCUCCUGAGCCUGCGGACUGUCCUUAUGGCACGUAAUCGGAAGAAGAGAAGCGCUGCCGCGGCAGCCGGGCAGACCUCACCAUCUGAGUCGUCGGUAGACGAGAAGAUUGAGCACUCGAACGCCUUCUUGGAUCUGACGGACAAAGAGAAUCCGGAUUUUAGGGUACGUUCUCGCACUGCUACUUCAUGGGUCCAUGGAAGCUAA